AUGCUGGCAAAGGCCCUCGAAGAGGACCCAAAUGUUUUUGACUACGAUGCCGCAGUCGACGAAGACGCGCGCGCCGCGGAGCGCCAGUCCGGCCGCGGCGGCGCCGCGUCCGGGGCGGCAGGCGCUGCAGCCGCAGCGGCGGCGAGGGCCGCGGCGGCGCGGCAGCAGCCGCGGUAUAUAGCCAGCAUCCUGGAGCAGGCGCAGAACCGGAAGAAGGAGCAGGAGCUGAUAAUGGAGCGGAAGCUGCUCAAAGAGCGCCAGAAGGAGGACCACCUGUUUGCCAGCGAGGAGAAGUUCAUCACGUCUGCAUACAGGAAGAAGCUGGAGGAGGACAAGCUCUGGCAGGAGGCGCAGCGCAAGAGGGACGAGGAGGAGGAGGCCGCCGACCCGACAAAGCUGGGCCACAUGAACCAGUUUUACACCAAUCUGCUGACCAAGAACGUGGCAAUGGGCGGCAGCCAGGCCAAGACGCCGGCGGGCGCGGCGGCAGAGGAGCCCCGGGAAGCCGAGCAGGCGCCCGGCGCGAGCGGGCGCGACGGCGGCGGCGGGGGCAGCGGGGGAGAGGAGGCGGACGAGGAGGAGCGGGAGCGGGCGGAGGAGACGGCGGCGGCGCGGCGGCGGAAGGCGAUGGAGGGGCUGUCUCAGUAUGAGAGGAUGCGGCUGUUGGCCCUGGAGGCGCGGCAGGCUGAUGGCAGCAGUGGCGGCGGGGGCGGUGAGGGGGAGCAGCCCAGCAGCAGGGGCGACAGGAGGGAGCGGCGGGAUGAGGCGGAGGAGCAGCAGGAGCAGCCGCAGCAGGAGCAGGAGGAGCAGCGGCAGCAGCAAGAACAGCAGCAGCAGCAGGUUGUGGGUGGCAAGCGGCGUAACGACCAGUCGGCGGUGUUGGCGGCGCGGGAGCGGUAUCUGGCACGCAAGCGGCAGAAGUGA